AAAUCCGUGAGCUUUCCGACCUUGAACCAUUACUAGCCUCACCGCUGCAAUAGAGUAGAAUGUAUUGCCUGCGGGGAUAAGGUCCCAGCGAAGCAAACCUUCCGCGCGCCAUGUGCCCAUCACUAUUGCCGGGAAUGCAUCGCGAAUUUCGCGAAGGCGUCCAUGAAAGACGAAACUCUGUAUCCCUUGCAGUGUUGCCAGAUCCGAAUGCCAGCAAAGAAAGUCGAUCGACAAUUACCUAAACCACUGCAGACACAAUUCCGUGCCAAGACUGUGGAAUAUUCUGUCCCGCCGGCUACACGAGUGUACUGCGCAAAUCAGAAAUGUUCUGCGUUCUUGUGCUCUUCGGACACUCGGAAUCGCAAGGCGGAAAUGACUUGCCGUGUGUGUGGCACCACAAUAUGUCUCGCAUGCAAGAAUAGGAGACAUUCGGGAGAAGAAUGCUUAGAAGCAGGACUGCAAAGAGACUUGAAGAGACUUGCAGACGAUAAAAACUGGCAGUCGUGUCCUGGCUGCCGGGCGAUCGUCGAACGUACAGAUGGGUGUAGCCACAUCACGUGUCGCUGCUCCACCCACUUCUGCUAUCGAUGUGGAGCUCGCUGGCGAAAAUGCUUUUGCCACAGAGACUCGGCGGGGGAUCACUAAGUCCCCUGUCAUAGCGGGAAGACCAUGUCAAUUCAGUGCCAACGAUUCAGAUGAUAAUAAGCAUAUGCAGCACCAAAGGGAUGUCCAAAUCUCCUAGAUGUCUCGUUAUAA